AUGCUAUUCGAUAAAGUUUUGAUGAUUAUUAUUCAGAUAACUAAUUAAACUAAUGGAUUGUUGAUGAAUAUUCUUUGCCUGUAAUAUAGUAUUCAAAACAGCUAAAUAAUUCAAUAAGAAGUUAAACUAAAUGUCAUAUAUAUUAGAAUAUGAUAAUGAAGAACUAAAUAAUUGAAAAAAUGAAUUAGCUACUUUUAUUUGAUAUUUUAUAAAAUAAUUAAAUAAUGAAAGGAUAUGAAUUUUUGAGACUAAUAUAAGAGAUUGGAGUAAUCCUAAAUUUCUCGACUCCUACUAUUAGUCAUGUGAUCAAUAUCUAUAAAAGGUAUGACAAAGAUAGAUCGAUAGAUUUACACUAAGUAACAAGAGAUAGUUUAAAAAAGAAAUGGUUAUUACAGCAUGUUUUUAUUUAGUGAGUAAAAUAGUUGAAGAUUAAAAAAGAAUUAGAGAUAUUUUAGUUAGUAAGAAAUUCAUACUAAUAAGUAAGUUAUUUGCGUAGUUAAUAAAAUGUACACAUUAGCUAAUUAAGAAAGAAAAUAAAAAUUAUUAAUUAACAAUUAGGUUGAUGAUGAUGAUGAUCCAAUUAAAUAUUUAGUUAUAGAAUAAUAUGAAAAUUAAAAUAUUGAAUACUUUGAUAAAUUAGUACCUUUAUUUAAUAAUGAAUAAUAUUCAAAUUGGAAAAAAGAAGUAUUAGAAGCUGAGUAACAUAUUUUAAGAAUAAUUAAUUUUGACUUAAAAAACGAAACUCUAGAUAGUUAUCAAUUGUUGUUGAAUUAUUUAAAAGUAAUUCAUUUUAAAACUAUGUCUUAGAUCUUUCAAUUUGAAUAAGGAUUAAGAUAAAUGAUAUUUGAUAUCUUUUAGGAUACAUUUUUUGUUGAUUUUUCAAUUGAUAUGGUAUUUAUAUUUAAUCAUUUAAGAUUUAAGUUGAUUGUGUUAAAGGUUCGAUUUAUUUGGGAAUUUAAUUCUUUAGAAUGCAUUCAGUUGAUAAAUAAAAACUAAUUAAAUUAAAAGAAGAGUUUUGUUCUUAAAAAUGGUGGGAAGAAUUCAUGCAAAUUUCAUAUAAAUAACUUUUACUGUUUUAAAUUGAUAUGUUAAAAUAUUACAAUGCUUAAGAUUGUGUAUAAUAAUGA